AUGGCGAGCUACUCGUUCCCGCUCCUCAAGCCGCGCGACAUCUUUGCGUGUCUCCGCGAGAUGCGCGUUCUCGUUUCCGAGGACGAGAUCCGUGCGUGCGAGCCGAGUGCCGUGCGCAAGAUCUUCGAGGUGUUCAUUGAGAGCUCGAUGGGCGUGACGCGCGAAGACAUGGCGCAAAUCGCCUUCCCGGGACUGCCCACAUUGAGCUUCCCGGAGAUCCACUCGGAGUCGAUCCCAGAGCUCACGUUCUACCGCACUGCACAGCGUCUGCUGGCAGCCUGCGGCGUCUCUGACUUUGGCCUGCGGGAUGUGCUGCACCCGACACCGAAGCGCGUGCGGCGGCAGCUCAGCGCGCUCAUUAACUUUGCCAAGUUUCGUGAAGAGCGCCUCGUAGCGUUCAGCGAGAUCACGGGACGCACGGACGAGCUACAUACGAGACGGAAGGCGUUGCGCGAGGAAAACGCGGCGCUGCAGCGCGAGCUGGGUCAGCUGCUCGAUGAGCAAAAGGCCGAAGAGCCUGCGCGGCUGCAGCUACAGACCGAGGUGGCGGAGCUACAAAAGGAGAUCGACGGGUUCAAUCGACAGCAAGCGGUGAUGCGCCAUGAGAAGGAUGAGAAACGCGACUGGCGCAAGAAGAUGGAAGAUGUCGUAGCAUCCGCUAGGUUCGACAAGGUUGAGGCAGAGGAAGAAAUCGAGCGGCUGAAGGCGCUGAUCGUCACGUCACCUGAACGAGUAAGAGGCGAGCUGACGACUAUUGACGAGACGCUGGAGAAGGCCAAGGAAGACGUGCUUGAGCUCGAAGAGAAACGCAGCGCCGUGUUGGGAUUUAUUGACGUGUACGAGAGAGCAGAAAAGGAGUUGGCGAGGACGUUUGCACUGCUGGGCGAGAUCGAGCGAGAGAUGGAAUCUUGCAAGCAAGUCAAACAUCAGGUGAAGAAUGCCCGGAAGCGUAUUCGUGAGCUCCAGGUCCGCAUAGCAGAGACCAUUACUCGUCGGCAGCGGCUGGAAAAGCUCGUUGAGCUAAAGAAGAGAGAUCUCUGGAAGUAUAUCGAGGAGGCACGGGUGACGGAAGAAGCUGCUUCCAAAGCACUCCAAACUGCUCGGGAGGAGCUAUAUAAAUUAGAGUCCGUACACCUGGACGUUCGUCAGCGCAUAACUCACAACACAGAAGCGACUCGCAAGGUGGAGCUCAAGAUGCGGGAGGUGGAAGUUCAGUACCAGAAAGAGCUGAAGAGCUUGGAGCAGAUGUACUCGCGUCUCCAGCAAGCUGCAGAGUACUACAACCAGCAAGUGCUUAAGGCGAUCCAAUUGAGUUCGUAG